AUGGAAAAUGCCGGUAUUGCCGCCAACAAAUUUCUCACCACCAAGACCGCAGAUGAUUUUCAUGAUUUUGAGAAGCAUCUGAUCGUGGCCAGUCUCACCAUCGCCCAUGAACUGGUGCACGUCUUUGUUGGUAGGCUGACUGGGGUCAACGACGCCGACACACCCCCAAAAAUCGAUGUACCUCCGAAAACUGGCAUGGCCCUCAGUCUGGGCGAAUCCGGCCGGUACUGGGAAACCAAGUUCGUUGGGUACAGCGUGUGGGCCUUUUACGACGACAAGGAUAUCCGGAAGGAGGCACAAGGUGGUACUCUCUGGGCUGAUAUCCAGCGUACCAAGGGGAGUACCCUGGAAUCGCACCUGGUCCCGCAUCCCUGGGUGAAGAACAUGCUUGCUGGAGUCUUCGCCCAUGUCCCUGCAGGCCCAAAGCCUCUUAAACGCCCAGCGACGGCAAAGCAACUGCGAGACAAGAGGGCAGCCAUGAACCCCCACUAUAUUGAUGGGGAUCCCGCUUUGAAAAACUUCAUUGUUCAGCUGUCGAAGCUCCAGCCGUACACACUGGAGGGUGCUGAUUACGCCCGGGUCCAGGGUAUCGCCGCUAAUCCUGGCAAGAUUGUAGUAUAA